AUGAGGAAAUACCUGAAGCUGAUCCUUUCAAAAGCACGAAUAAUCCUGGCUAUUGAGGCUAUUGAAUCAAACAAAAGAUCGACGAUUCGAAAGGCUGCUAAUUACUAUAGUGUGCCUCGAUCUACAUUAUUCGACAGAAUUCAAGGUUGUAGUAAUAUGGCUGAAAGUCGACCAAAAAGUCAUAAUUUGAUUUAA